CUCUGUCUCUCUCUCGCUCUCGCUUUCACUCUCUCUCUCUCUCUCUCUGUCACACACACACACUCUCAGACACCUCCUCAGUGACGCCCAGCAAGCUGAGGCAAACUGACAGAAGAAGAAAGGGAAGGAAGGGAGGAGGGAAGGAAGGAGGGAAGGAAGAUACCGGAGCUUGGAAAAACAAAUUUUUGAACAAGUGGAAAGGGAGAGCGGCGAGAAGAGAAGAGAAGAGAAGAGAAGAGAAGAGAGGAGAAGACGGGGGAAGAGGAGAGAGGAGAAGAAAGUAGGAGAAAAGAAAGAAAAUUGGAGGCAUCAUUCAGGCUCCCAGUUGAAGCGCCCACUUCUGAGGUCCCUUGCUGACUGUUAACAAGCACAGCUCUGUGUGUGCCUGGGAGCUACAUGAGUGUGUGCACAUAACCUCCACUCCACCUCUGUGUGUGUGUGAGUGUGUGUGUGUGUGCGUUCUCUGCCCAGGGGGCACCAUGCUGUGGACAGUGCUACUAGCGCUGCUGGUGCUCCUCGUGCUGCAGACUCAGCUGUGUGUGUGCUUAAGAGAAUUACGCAGCGGGGGCUCCGGCUCCCCUUCCUACUUGUCUUCAUCAUCAUCAUCAUCAUCCUCUUCCUCCUCCUCCAAUGCCACCCAGCAGCGGCUUCCUGGUGCGAUUAUUAUUGGUGUGCGAAAAGGUGGCACCAGAGCCCUGCUGGAGAUGCUCAACCUGCACCCGGAUGUGGAAGUGGCCAAGGCCGAGGUGCACUUCUUCAACGUGGAGGAGCACUACCGACGGGGCCUGGCCUGGUACCGAGCCCAGAUGCCCUUCACGCUGCCCGGUCAGGUGACGGUGGAGAAGACUCCCGGCUACUUCGCGGCGCCCCAGGUUCCUGCACGGGUCUGGGACAUGAACCCCGCCGUGCGCUUGUUGCUCAUCGUCCGGGACCCGGCUGAAAGGCUGGUAUCCGACUACACCCAGGUCCUGCACAACCGCCUGACGCGCCACAAGCCCUACCAGCCGCUGGAGGAGCUCCUGCUCCACAAAGGCCACAUUGACCCGGGGUACAAGGCGCUGCAAAGGAGCCUGUACCACCAGCACCUGGCCCGCUGGUUGGAGGUCUUCCCCAGGGAGCAGAUCCACGUGGUGGACGGGGACGCGCUCAUCCGGGAUCCCUUCCCCGAGCUGCGAAAGGCCGAGAGGUUUCUGGACCUCCCGCCCAGGAUCAGCCCCAACAACUUCUACUACAACACCACCAAGGGCUUCUACUGCCUCAUGUCUGCCGGCCAUGACAAGUGCCUGGAUGAGUCCAAAGGGAGGCCGCACGCCCCGCUGAGCGCCGAGGCCUUCAGGGAGCUCUGUCGCUACUUCAGGGAGCCCAACAAGCUGUUCUUUGAAAUGGUGGGCAGGUCGUUCUCCUGGUGCUGACCGGGAGCUGAGCAGCGCUGGACUUCCUGAACUAUGCCAACACAUUCAGGGACACAGAGCGGGACAGUGGGGGGCCCAAGUGUUACGUGUGCAUUUUUCUUAGGUUUGCAGGUAGAUGGACUGGAAGGACGGUAGUUAAAUUAAAAGAAAUGGAUGUCCCUCGUCGUUCUCAGGCGUCAAUGCGUGGAAAUAAAAGACUCACCCCUCAUGUCCAAGGACCUCGGUAUCUGGAGACCUGACAGUAUACAUGUUGUAGGUUAUCAAAUGCAGACUUUGAACACAACCAUACUGGUGCCUCCUUGGAUAGAUUCACACUGAAAUAGUCUCCGAUGCAUAAAGUACCGCUGAAGGUUUUACCCGAGCUACAGCAAGUGUGCCAUAUAACAAUCAAACUGAAAAAGAACUCAAAAUGAACUCUUUUUACAGUUUUUUUAUUAUUAUUAUUAUUAUUAUUAUUAUUUUUGCAGGAUGUCAAGAGAUGUGCAGACUUGGAAGUAAUGUAGAAUAGAUAACUGGUGGGUGGAUUUUGCAGCUGAGGUCCAGCUAAUUAAUCGUUGCACUAUGGACUGAAUUGCCGACAAGGUCAACCGCGAUGCUGAAGCUUCAACUCCCUGUUGUAAAAAAAAAAAAAAGAAAGAAAGAAAGAAAGAAAGAAAAAUGCCUGUUAUAGAAAAAAGUUUUAGUUGAGUCAUCCUGUUUACUUGUUUUUCUUAUUAUUCUACUAGGCUGAUAUUUCACUCUCAGAAUAGAAAACAUCUAUUUUUUUAAUUAGCCGUUUGUUUAGAGGACUUGCUUUUUGUCUUGCUUUUUACUUUAUUUUGAAGGCAAAUGUAAAUAUAAUUGCUACGAUGUUUUCUACGAUGUCCUUCUAAUAAAUGUGUACAGUCCUACA